CCGGGAUCUCCGCUGUCCCGGGUCCUGGAGCGCUCCGGGCCACGCAGGUCUCGCCCCCGCCCCUCCCGCGUCUCCCCGGCUGGCCUGGCCCGCCGCAGGGUGUGCAGGGCGGGACUCCUAGGGCUGAGCCGCCACGAUCGGCCCCCGCCCCAGACUCUGCGCUCCGGGCCAGGCGGCGAGCUCAGCUCCUGAGCCAGUUGAACACCCAGAGCGAGGCCCCCAGGCUGCGUCCCCGGAGGCGAGGGCUCCGUGCUCGCCCCUGCCUGGUGACUUCCGCUGGCGCUCCGGUGUGAACAUGGUGCAGAAGUACCAAUCUCCUGUUCGUGUCUACAAGUACCCAUUUGAGCUGGUCAUGGCGGCCUACGAGAAGCGCUUCCCCACCUGCCCGCAGAUCCCCGUCUUCCUGGGCAGCGAGGUCCUGCGCGAGUCCCGCAGCCCCGACGGGGCGGUGCACGUGGUGGAGCGGAGCUGCCGGCUGCGCGUGGACGCCCCUCGGCUGCUGCGGAAGAUCGCGGGUGUCGAGCACGUGGUGUUCGUGCAGAGAAACGUCUUGAACUGGAAGGAGAGGACGCUCCUCAUCGAGGCGCACAAUGAGACCUUCGCCAGCCGCGUGGUGGUCCACGAGAACUGCAGCUACACGGUCCACCCGGAGAAUGAGGACUGGACUUGCUUCGAGCAGUCUGCCUCCCUGGACAUCCGCUCCUUCUUUGGCUUUGAAAAUGCCUUGGAGAAGAUCGCCAUGAAGCAGUACACCGCCAACAUCAAGAGGGGGAAGGAGGUGAUAGAGCAUUACCUGAACGAGCUCACCUCCCAGGGCACCUCUCACAUCCCCCGCUGGACGCCGGCCCCGGGCCGGGAGGAGGACGCCCGCGGCCAGGCUGGGCAGCGGGACGCUGGCUCCCCGGAGGCCGACGGGCCCAGCAGUGCCGCGGGCCCUGCUCGGGAGACGGUCAGCUCGGACGGGGACAAGCUGGACGCGGACUACAUAGAGAGGUGCCUGGGCCGCCUCACGCCCAUGCAGGAGAGCUGCCUGGUCCAGCUCCGGCGCUGGCUGCAGGAGACCCACAGAGGCAAGAUCCCCAAAGACGAGCACAUCCUGCGCUUCCUGCGGGCCCGCGACUUCCACGUGGACAAGGCCCGGGAGAUGCUGUGCCAGUCCCUGAGCUGGCGGAAGCAGCAGCAGGUGGACCUCCUCCUUCAGACCUGGCGGCCCCCCGCGCUCCUGCAGGAGUUCUACGCCGGGGGCUGGCACUACCAGGACGCAGACGGCCGCCCCCUCUACAUCCUGCGCCUGGGCCAGAUGGACACCAAGGGCUUGAUGAAGGCCGUGGGGGAGGAGGCGCUGCUGCGGCACGUUCUGUCCGUCAACGAGGAAGGGCAGAAGAGGUGUGCGGGGAACACAAAGCAGUUUGGCCGUCCCAUCAGCUCCUGGACCUGCCUGCUGGACCUGGAGGGGCUGAACAUGCGGCACCUGUGGCGGCCCGGCGUGAAGGCGCUGCUGCGCAUGCUCGAGGUGGUCCAGGACAACUACCCCGAGACCCUGGGCCGGCUGCUCAUCGUGCGCGCGCCCCGCGUCUUCCCCGUGCUCUGGACGCUGAUCAGCCCCUUCAUCCACGAGAACACGCGGCAGAAGUUCCUCAUCUACAGCGGCAGCAACUACCAGGGCCCCGGAGGCCUCGUGGACUACCUGGAUAAGGACGUGAUCCCCGACUUCCUCGGCGGGGAGAGCGUGUGCAACGUCCCCGAAGGAGGGCUGGUCCCCAAGUCGCGCUACCUGACGGAGGAGGAGCAGGAGCAGGCAGACCAGCAACGGCAGUGGAGUGAGACCUACCACUCGGCCAGCGUGCUCCGCGGGGCCCCCCACGAGGUCGCGGUGGAGAUUCUGGAAGGGGAGUCGGUCAUCACCUGGGACUUCGACAUCCUGCGGGGGGACGUGGUGUUCAGCCUGUACCACACCAGGCGCGUGCCCAGGCCGGGCCCCCGGGAGCAGCUGGUCGACAGAGGCUGGGUGCUCGGCAGGGACUACAGCCGCGUGGAGGCGCCCCUCCUCUGCCGGGAGGGGGAGAGCAUCCAGGGCUCCCACGUGACCCGGUGGCCUGGGGUCUACCUGCUCCAGUGGCAGAUGCACAGCCCCCCCAGCAGCGUGGCCUGCAGCCUCCCGGGGGUGGAUGAUGUCCUGACGGCCCUGCACAGCCCUGGCCCCAAGUGCAAGCUGCUGUACUACUUCGAGGUGCUCGCAUCUGAGGACUUCAGGGGCUCCAGGUCCAGCCUGGAAUCCUGCACCAGCGGCUUCUCCCAGCUCAGCGCCGCCACCUCGGCCUCCUCCUCCGGCCAGUCCCACAGCAGCUCCCUGGUCUCCAGAUAGCCGGGCCGGCGCUCCGGGGCAGCCGCUCAGCCCGCGCGUCCGGAAGUGUCCAGAGGAGAAGCCAGCUUGCCGCGAGGCCUGGGACCACGAGGGCCGGAGCCCCGGGCCGGGACGCUGCCAACGUCGGGGUGUCCGGGGCGGACGGCGGGGAGCCAGCCCGGGGCUCCCGGGGUCGCGAGGGCAGAACCAGCUCCUCCGGCUUCGUGUCGGGAAAGGCCAAGGCCAAGCGCUCCGACCACUCUCAGGUCCCCCUGGAUCCCGGACCCGUCACUGGUUCUCGCCCCGCCCCC